ACGUCAUCCCCUACGUCCACACUCUCAAAUUAGUGAAGAUAAAUGUACCAAUAAAUCAAGCCAGGAAACUCAUAUUUAGGUUAUUUUUAGGAUUUGUUUUGUUACAAGAAAGUGGCACGAAGAAAGUAUCGGCCUAAUAGUGUCUUAUGUCCAUUUUAAAACCAUUUAAUUUGGUCUUUCAGCUGUUUAUUUGAUGACCAAACCUAAAGAACAGGCCCGUUGCAACAGGGCAAGCAAACUAAACAGUCGCCCUAUAGGGCCCUGAGCUGGCCUGGGGACCCCAAUGGCUGGUUAUGAACCCUAAACCAUAUGUUUUCCAUCAAUAGCUGUAAUGUAUUCUUUUGAAGUAAUAAAACCAUACUUAAAUUUUUUUAUAAACAUUUUCUAACCUACACACAUCACAUCAUAUGGCAUCAUUUCUGCUGUGAACAAACAUUUCGGGUUCCGUUACCUACUUUUCUUGGUGGAAACACGGCAAACAGCUUCAAAAUUUGGUUUGUGAACCAGAACGGUCCUGAUUCCACAUCGGAGGAAAAGCACUAUCAGAGGCACACUGCUGCUGCUGCAGCUCAGCCAAUCAACUCUUGCUUCUGCCCCACCUCUAAACCCAUACAUCAGCCACUGCCUUGCCUAAACUACCCCUGUCAUUUCUUUUAGACUUUUUAAAAUUUGAGCUGAGGGUGGAGUCAGAAAAUAUCAGGGGUUUUAAAGCUUCUUUAAAUUCUGUAAUGGCCAAUGCAGGGAAGUACAACAAGUGUGAGGGGGCCACUUCCACUAGUUGCUAGCAGUAGCCAUUCAGUCAGGUUUAUGAUUCCUGUAGCCGGCUUAAUUAAAUGAACUGCCCAAAACAAUUCUCAGCUCUUAUACUCUCCUGGGGUGAGAGUUGUUAUCAUUCACCUCCUCACCCCUCCAAAAACGUCUGUUUAUUUUGAUUAAUUGGCCAUUAUCUUAACUAAAAAAGCUAAUUUGUCUUCACUCUGAGGGGAAAAUGCUCAGUCACAAGCUUUGGAAGAACACCUCUAUCAGAUUCUGAAGAAAAUAUGUCAUAAUAAAAAAAUUAAAUGUUCUCAUAGAGCUGAACAUCUGGUUUUGAUCUUGAUAACAAAACACAAGGACAGCUUUCCCACAAGUUUCAUGCUGUAAUGGUCUACUAACAUUCACAAUUAUUAACACAAUUUCUUAAUAAUGGAAAGAACAUUAAAAUAGUCAUGCUGUUCAACAAGCUUGUGUAUAGUGGUCAUGCUGGUCAGCUAGUCUGCCUGGUCAUACUGCUGGUUGACUAGCUAGGUCAGGUUGGUUAAGCUGGUAGACCAGUUAAAAUUGACCCUUAAAUUCAAAAAUAAAAAUUGCCCAUUGUUGAUCAUGAGCUAAUCUAAAUAACAUCACCAACAAACUUGUGUUUGCAACAAAUUAAUCUCCAAAUAUUUAGUAUUUAAUGUAUCAAAAGUAUAAAUAUUUCACUAGUCAGUUAUAGGGCUAUAUGUAUCUAUACAUGACAUUUUUAAACAUUGAUUAUCCAGUUCCAAUAGCACCUAUAACGAAUGGAUAUAUUGGGCAGCCAGUGAAUAGUCAGUUAUGCAAUUUUUCACACGUGCCAAAUAGUGACAUGUAAACAACAGAGCCAGAACAUCUCUAAAACAUCAUGACGGAUUUCAGGAGGUGUUAGUGGUACACUUUUUGAAGUUUUAUGUCUCCCCAGGCAGCUUACAACCCAUCGAAAACUCCAAAAAACAGUGGUUUUAGCCUGCUAGCUAGCUAACCAACGCUGUGGACCUAGGGGGCUUCUUGGCUUUCUGCGUCACUUAGCCGGAAACAAAGCUGCCACAGAUGUAGGCUACUACAGAUCAUUCCCUAUAAAUAGCAAGUUAGAUAUCUGUGAUAUUAAAAGACAGAAUCCCCCCACCAGCCCACCCUUCAGGGACGGAAAGUCCACUGAACUAUCAGCACUAUUAAUACCCCUAAUGGUGCUAAAUAGAGCCAGUCAGUCUUUUACAGAGCUGUUCUUGGUUUGAUGCUGUGGGGCUGUGUGAUCAGUGCAGGUACUGGGAAUCUUGUUAAAGUUGAGGGUCUCAUGGAUUCCAGUCAGUAUAAGCAGAUUCUUCAGAAAAAUGUUGAAGAAUCAGUGAGAAAGUUGAAGUUGAAGUUAAAGCGAAGAGCCGGGCCUGGAUCCUUCAACAAGACAACGACCCUGAACACUAAACACACUGCUCAAAAUCUACUAAAGCAUUCAUGCAGAGGAACAAGUACAAUGAACUGGAGAUGUUUUGAAUGUUUUGUAAAGAAGAAUGAUCCAAAAUACCUUAAACCAGAAGCCAGACUCUCAUUGGAAGCUAUAGGAAGCUUUUAAAGGCUGUUAUAUUUCUUCAAAAGGAGGAUCUACUAAAUAUUGUAAAAUAUGUCACUUUUCUGUCUGGGUUCCCUAAAUUAUGUGCCUGCCUAAUUUUGUUUAAAUAAUUAAUAAUCCUAUAAACUUCAUUUGAAUUAUCGAAAUACAUCACUGUGUUCAUCUGCUGUAUGAUAUAUUUAACUGAAAUUGCUGAUCCUAACAACCAAUGAUUUAUAAAGGAAAAUCAUAAAAAAGGAUCAGGGGUGCCCAAACUUUUUUUAAUACCACUGUACUUCCCUGCAUUGACAGCUAAUUGAAAGCUAAUUUAAAGUUUAUCUUAGCAGUAAAUUCAUUGGCUGGUGGGCCCCAGGCUUGCUCGGGUCACAAGCCAAUUGGUUGGUUUGGUUUUCUUGUUGCAACAGGCCUGGGACAUUAAUUUAAUAAUGAUAUGUUUAUGGGCACAUAUUUGGAAUAGUGUUGCUUUACAUGAUCUAUUCAGUGGGACUCUUCAGUAGGUGGAGCUGAUAAAGUAAAAGUGAGUAUAGGGUAGGUGUUUUUAAAGUGUAUGGUGAGUCAUUUUACAAGUCUCCUCCUGCCUCCUCUUAAAUCUGAAUUAUUUACUGUCAGCAUAUUUAUAUUGAUCAGCAGUUGCCUGAUCUUAAAGCAUUAGAUUCUCAUAUAGGUAAAAUAGUGUUUUGCUUUAACAAUAAUAGAUCUACAAGAAUCUAUAAGAAUCUUUUGUACUUUGUAAGCUUGAUCACUAUUAUUUAAAUAAUAAAAAAAAAAAUAAUUAAUGCAACAUAAACUUACAUACAUUUUAUUAGACUAUUAUAAGCUUUUUUAUAAGAUUUUUGGCGGCGCCUGCUGGUCAAUAAGCGGAACUGCAGGAACUCCAGUGGGUGAAAUCUCCCAUGACUCAGCGUUUUACCUGCAGAGGCAGACAGCAUCCAGCCAUCCUGCUGAUUAUAGAAAAGAGACAAAAAAAAACUGGAUUAUGAAACUAAUUAUUCAAGAGUUUAAUAAAGAGAAAGACAAAAGACAGACAACGUUUUAUUUCUGCAAUGCAAACCUGUUUAGUUUGCAGUCAGAAUUUCGUUUUUUCAUAUUUUAUUGGUAUUAAAACAACACAAAAUUUCUUAAUAAAAAAAAAAAACAUUUUCUUGGUUUGUUUAGCAAUUUUUUGUUUCAUAAAUAACUUCUUUAAUUAUUAAUAGCUUUAAUAUAGUUUUUUAGUAUUACAUUUAAAUAGUAAAAAAUCAUAAAAUAGGAAAUUAGAAGAAUGAGAAUGAGAAGAGUUGUGUCCAAACUUUUGAUUGGUAAUGUAUAUGUGUAUGUAUAAGCACAAAUCUAGUCAUAUCGAAUAUAAUGAAUAUAUUUUAAAUAUUACACUAUACAUACCUUAUUUAUAAAACACAACAUUUACAUAGUUUAUUGUUACUCAAUCCAGUUUAUUAAUUCAAUAUGUUAACUAAAUAAACCAGGUCAUUAAUUAUAAACUACACUGAUUUAUAAAGCUGAAUGUCUCUUUCUAUAAUCAUGUAAUCCUGUGUACUGUUCCUUUUAGUUAAAGGGAUGAAUGGAGGCUCACGUGGGUCUGGUGCUGAUGCUGGUGCUGAUGCUGAUGCUGCAGCUCUGUUAGCAGACUGUAGCUGUAGCUGUGAGUGUGGAUCAGUGGAUCAGGAGGUGAUGGAGCAGUUUGAGAGCUUGUUCUGUAAGCUGGACCGGAACAGGGAUGGGUUUAUCUCGGUGGAGGAGCUGCAGGAGGAGAUGAGGAGGGUUGGGGUGGUGUGUGGUGAAGAGAAAGCCCGGAUCAUCGUGAGCAACAGUGACCGUGAUCAGGAUGGACGACUUAAUUACGAGGAGUUCCUGAACUAUAUAAUGGACCAAGAAAAGAAGUGGAAGAUUGACUUUCAGAACCUUGAUAAGAACAACCGUGGAGUCAUUGACCAGGAGGAUAUCGUAAAUGUGUUUAAGGAAUUAGGUGUGGUCAUAUCAAAGCAGAGCGCAAAGAGAAUCAUCCAGAUGAUGGAUGAGGACAGCUCCAUGACUGUGGAUUGGGGGGAAUUCCUGCAACAUGUGAUCAUCAACCCAGCAGAAAAUAUCAGAGAGCUUAUAUCCUCAUGGAAGCACACACUGGUGUUUGACGUUGGUGAGAGUCGAUCCAUGCCUAUAGAGCUCACUCAGGCGGAGACGGAUCUGUCCGAGUGGAGGAACUUCAUCCUGGCUGCAGGUCUGUCUGACGCUGUUUCCAGAACUGUGACGGCUCCCAUUGACCGAUUAAAGACUCAGCUACAGGUUUAUGGCUCCAAGGCUGUGUCUUUGGGUUUGCAAGAUCUGAGAACUGGAGGCUUGAGGUCCAUGUGGCAGGGAAAUGCUGUUAAUGUGCUUAAAGGAACACCACAGUCCACACUGCAGUGUUUCCUGUAUACCCAGAUGAGGAAGCAGACCCUGGGCGAGAGAGAUCACCUGUCUGUGGAGCAGCGUUUCGGACUGGGCUGUGUGUCUGGAGCUGUAGCACACGCAGCAUUUUACCCCCUAGAGGUUCUGAAGGUGAGGCUGAAUCUGCAGCAGGCCGGUAACUACAGCGGACUCCUGGGAUGUGCAAAGUCCAUUUACAGCAACGAGUCUGUGACAGCUUUCUACAGAGGUUUCAGACCAAGUCUGCUCUGCAUGAUCCCAUAUGCUGGAGUGGAGUGUGCUGUUCAUCAGUCGAUAAUGAGCUGGGCCAGACGAAACCCUGCCAACCGCAGUGACAUCAAACUGCUGUUCUUCAGCUUUGUGGCGUUCGCGUGUGGACAGGCCAGCAGCUACCCUCUGGCCGUCAUUAGAACCCAGCAUCAAGCGCAAGCUUUUACAUCAAACUGCCAGAAUUCCUCACAUAUAUUUCAUGGACUGGUUGGGAUCUAUGAGAAGAACGGGCUGAGAGGUUUCUACAGUGGGAUGGGGGCUAGUUUUGUGCGGGCCGUCCCGUGUGCUCUGCUAAAUUACACCCUCAUCUCUAAACUGGAAGAACUGCUUUCCACACAUCUAUGAUGAGCAAUAAAAUCCCUGUAUAGACAAACA